AUGGAUAGAAAACCUCCUGGUGCAUAUACUUUGGUGAAAGGAACAGGUUCUCUACAGCGUACGUGGUAUCUUUACCAUCGCCUAGGUAUAUGGUCAAACAUCCUGGUUUCUGCGCGAUAUACCUGCGUCGAUGGACAAGAACUUAGCAAAAGCGUCAUCAUUGAAGCACUGCGCCAUGUUGUGCAAGCUCAUCCUGCCUUAUGGCACGUCUUUGUUCAGAAACCAUCUCCUAAUCGAGGUAAUCACGAGCUGCACACCGCCCGGCUGCCCACUAUCGACUUGGAGAAAUGCAUCGAAGUCUUAGACUGUGACCAAAACAAUAAUGAGGUCACUUCGGAUGAUCUUGAGAGAGCCCACAAUGCGUGUUGGUGGCCUGAUGAUGAACCCGAUCGCCCCUUGUGGAAGCUUCUUGUGAAAGGGAACAAUGUUAUCUUUGUCUAUCAUCAUUCCUUGGGUGAUGGUAUAUCCGGGAUGGUCUUUCAUCGCGAAUUUCUUGCCUCACUCAAUUCCCCCACAGUUGCAAAGACCAUGCAUGUGUCUCAUCCUGAUACCCUCAUGCAUGCAGACGAGAAUGUACAAUCCCCCAUCGAACCGGAAGAUGUUUGGGAAGGGAAAGACAGCAUCUUAGAGUUGAUUUGGACGCAGCUAGUUUGGCUGUUUGUCAAGCUCUUUUACAGCAACAAUCGCAUUUAUGGCGAUCUUCCCCCUUCAAAGCCUCACCUCAAGUCCGCAACUGCAGUGGCAAAGCCAGAGGAUAGAACCGUCCCGCGCAUUUCGUCGUAUCGUAUACCAGCAGAAAACAUGUCGACGAUACUCACCGCAUGUCGUAAUCAUCACACCACCUUCACACCUCUACUCAUUACAAUGUUUACCAUCGUCCUUGCCAACGAGUUUUACCCGAACGCAAAGAUAGGAGCAACACGCUUCAAUUUUGACUUGAGACCCAGCCUUCCCAUGGCUCGUGUUGGUGGAGGAACAGAGAAUGGAACGUUUGUGAAUGCAGCAGGAAGCUGGCAGCUCUGGCACAAACUUAGACCAUUCCGCCAAGUCCUGGUUACGAAAAGCAAUGGCAAAGAGACAUCGCUCGACUGCCACUCUGUAUGGGACCUGGUCAAGGAUUAUAAGAAUGAGAUGACACGUGCUAUUUCUGGCAAAGCUAUAAGAAACUGGAUCGGGGUGAAGCGAUUGGGGACAGAUCUAGAGAACGUGGUUGACAACGGAUUUCCCUCUAUAUCUCUCCUUCUCAAGCCUACUUUCAGCGUUUCUAACAUUGGUUCAUUCGAUAAUGCGAAAGUAGAGUACGACGGGAAGAGCACAGGGCUUUGGCGGAUCGAUGAUAUGCAAUUCUCAGCUGGAGCCGUAAAUGGCAACCAGGGCACACACGGGGCUAUCUUCCAUGUUUGCGGUGUUAAAGGGGGGGAUACAGUUGUCACUGCGACUUAUGAAGAUGGAAUUGUCCCGCAGGAGAUGGCCGAUGAGAUCCUGGAGCGUACCGUCACAAGAAUACUCGAGAUAGUCUGA